AUGUAAUGAACACUAUCUAAGUUACAAGCGUAAUAUUUUCUUUAACACAGUUUGUUGCCCUAGUGAUUGGACGUAAACAAAUUUUGGUUUUGUUUCCUAAUUUUUUUCUGUCGUUACUGGUAAAAUAUUUUAUGAUGGAUUAUAUCCAAAAUAAAUUCCGUAUUGAACUAUUUGAUCUUGAGCUAAGAGAAAUAUUAUCAUCUUGUAAAUACAUAAAUUUACCAUUUAAUUUGCCGUUAGUCGGACUCGAAUUAAAUCAUCUCUUAACACAGUGCGGAAAGACAUUUUUUGUUGAAAGUUGUAAUGAAGAUUCACUCCAUUCAACUAUUUUAAAUGCAAAAAUAAUUCUGGACUUUGCUUGGGAAAAAAUAAAUACUGGACACUGGAAAGAUGUUGAUAAAAUUUGGCGUGAGUUGUACUCUCUUGCAGUAGUUUUUAAAGUCUUGUCACAUUUGGUUUUGAAGAAUACCGACAAAUUAGACAUAAUUAAACAGUGUGAUAAUGGUCUCUUGCUUGGUGCUCCGAUUAUGGGGAAUUUACUGAGCAGAUUAGCAUUCAAACUUUCUGAAUUGCUUCUUUUGGAAGGCAAUGAUAGGAAAAAUUGCUAUGAAGUUAAGCCAAAGAAACAAAAAGUUCUAAAUGAGGCAGAUGUUGUUUUAAGCCACAAAGUUCUAGAAAGAAGUAACUUCACUAAAAAGGAGUUUAUUGAUGAUUUUAUGAACAAUUCCAAACCAGUAAUCAUUACUGAUGGAAUUUCUAAUUGGCCAGCUAUGACUUCUAGAUCUUGGAGCAUAGAUUAUAUGUUAGAAAAAACAUCCUUCAGAACGGUGCCUAUAGAACUUGGUUCAAAAUAUACUGAUGAAAAUUGGACUCAAAAGUUGAUGACAGUUAAAGAAUUUGUGGAACAUUAUAUUUGGAAUCAAUCAAAAGAAAUUGGUUAUCUUGCUCAACACAAUUUUUUCACACAAAUUCCUGAGUUAAAGGAAGAUAUUGACACUCCUUAUUAUAUAGAUGACAAAGCUUUCGUUGAUAUAAGUAUCUGGUUUGGACCUUCUGGGACUAUAUCACCCCUUCAUUAUGAUCCAAAGCAUAAUUUGUUAGCUCAGGUUCUAGGUACAAAAUAUAUCAGGCUUUAUUCCAAAGAACAAUCACCAUAUGUUUAUGCCCGUGAAGACCCUUUGUUUUAUAACACAAGUCAGGUUGAUGUUGAAAAUCCUGAUUUAGAGGAAUUCCCAUUAUUCAGUAAAGCAAAGUAUUCAGAAUGUGUUUUGAAACCUGGAAAUUUGUUGUAUAUUCCUCCUGGAUGUUGGCAUUAUGUACGGUCUCUUAGUACUAGCAUCUCAAUAAGCUUCUGGUGGUGAAAAAUAAAAUAAUCUGUACAGCUGUA